AUGGAUACUAAUGAAGACAUCGAAAUUGAUGACCACGGCUCUACCACCACUACGCUUGAACGUGAUUCCCCACUUCCAGAUGGCUUCUACUCGCUGUCUCGGGAUGCGAAAUUGAUCCGCAUUUAUCAGCUGCACGCUUUCCAGAAAGUUCAAUGUGAAUCCUUGAAAAUCAGGAAGGCGCAUCUCGUGGCACCAGAACGUGGACUCCGACUCCCCGUCCAGUCCCUGAAUUCCGGCAUACAGCACCUUGCAUCUUCAAUUGACCAGGCUGGAGCCCUCCAGGAAUACAACCAUCACUCUCGUCGAUACAAAGAACUCUCACUUGUCGUUUCCCAACUUCAACAUGAUUCAGACGAGCUUCUCGCUAGCGUAGAUGCCUUACGUACAGACGUUCUGAAUGUCAAUGAGCUUCUACGCCGACUGCCUGAUGUGGAAAACUGCCAAACCUUCAUGUCGAUUUCGGUCCAAUAUUCCCGUCUCCUGGAUGAUGUCUCACAUCAGGCUAGUGAAUGUCGGGACCUGGUAUCUCAGCGCCAACAGUUUCCUCACUUGAUGCAUGCCAUUCCGGGCGAUCUGCGGGCUGCAUAG